CCUAAAAAGGGGGAAAAAGCUUCAAUCUUUGAGCUCGCGAGUCGGAUCGUUCUCCAGCUCGGCAAUGGCGGGCAUAGCCCUCGUUCUCAAUCUUGCCAAGAAGAACUCGGCCGUGCACGCCCAACCCGUCCACGCGCACCACCUCUUCUCCGCCACCCUCGCCGUCUCCGCUGCGGCCGCCUCCGCCGCUGCCUCUUGGCCUUUUGCAUCCCGUUCCAUCUUCGGAAAUGGAGGAAUUCCUAUUGCCUAUUGUGAUGCUGGUGCAGCAUUGAGUGAUAGUUACAUCCCUAAUAUACCCACUGAAGAGUUAUUGUCUAGCUCUGUAACAUAUAGACCAAAGGAAUACCCUGUGGAACUGAAAUCCUUGACUUCUGCUUUUGGGUUGAAGUCACUUGCAUUGACAUCAGUGAGGUCCUUCUUGUUAUUUUAUUUACCACUGUUGGAACCUCACCCACCUGUAGAAGGGGACAACGAUGAUCUUGAAGACCCUCCAGAGAACAAAUCUGUUGAUUUGGUUACUCCCUUCAAGAAAUCAGUGAAACAAAUAGCCCGUGAGACUACUGUUGUAACGGUUAGAAGGGUGCUGGAAAGACUUGCUGUCCACUAUGUUUCUCAAAGAAUGGCAUGGAAACUUCUUAAAGAUGUUCCAAGGUCGGCCAAACGGAAGGCUGCAAGGGACAUUAGUACUCCCUGUUUUGUUUUCAGUGUCAGCAGAACGACUUUUAGAGGACAUAUGUUAGGUGUGGCAGCCUCAUGGAUUGUCCAGAUAGGAGUUGACGCCUACCGAUGUUUUAUCCGGAAAUCAGAAGAUGAUCCACUUGCUGAUAAAAAUGAAAAAAUCAGGUUGUUUGGGAAAAAGGUAUAUGCAACAACAAUAAAGUGCACUGCAUCACUGGUUUUUGCAUCGAUCGGUGCAGGAAUCUGUGCUCUUAUUCAUCCUUCAACCGGACAGUGGGUUGGCUGUGCUCUUGGGGAUUUUGCUGGACCAGUCAUUGCAAUCAUAUGUUUCGAAAAGCUUCAUUUGGAAAUUUGAUGCUCCAUUGCAGAAUCUUUUGGAAAUUUUGCAAACUCCGGCCGCUUGUUUUGCCGUUCCUGAUAUUAGUUAUGGCCUUUUCUGGGAAAGAACAAUAUGGAGCCCAAGCAUAGUCUGGCAUGAUCAAAUAACCAGUUUUGUGUUCCAGUGAUGAUCAUUAAGCAAAGAUGGUAUCAUUCUAUAGUUCAUUCUCAUUUUAAUUCAUAAAUGCAUUUAAGAUUCAUCACAACUGAUUUAGUAGUGGUACCAUUAAGUAAUGGAUUUAUGUGUGUAAUAUGCAUUGACCAUCCAACUCCUUUUAUCUUUUUUUUUAUAAAAAGAUACUUACCAUUUCUUGUUC